CGUCAUAAAUAUGGCGGGAGAAGACGAAGUUUCUCAAGCUGUCGAGGAGGAAAUCCAGACUCAGACAACUGAACAAUCUGGGUCUGACCGUCUAUUUAAGCUUCCAUUAACUAGAAUCAAGCACAUUAUUAAAUCGGACCCAGAUGUUUCACUAGCAAGCCAGGAAGCUGUGGUGUCUUUGGCGAAAGCAGCGGAACUUUUCAUACAGAUGUUGGCCAAGGAUGCUGCAACAAAGACACUACAGGGGAAAAGGAAAACACUGCAGAGGAAAGAUUUAGAUGUCAUUUUGGACACGAGAGAUUGCUAUGCGUUCUUAGAAGGUGUCCUUGACUCUUGAGGAGAUGGCUGAGAGAAGUUGCUGUAGAUGUCAUGGAAUCCUGUGUGUACGGUUGAGAAACAACUGACGAAAGCUUGGGUGGCACAGUGUGUGCAAAUGAAGAAAUGUUUCUAAGUCAGAAGUUCAUGUCACUGAGUUCUGAAAAACUGACUUAUAAAUAGGUCAUACAUUGUAAAUAUUAUUUAGAUGACUUUUUAGUCAUUAAAUAUAUUUAUCAACUUUUU